AUGGAAGAAUGGAUGCAAGCGCAGCAGCAUAACUACCAGGGGCGCAACCGCUCCUACUCGAUGUCGCACGCCGAUAACAUCUCCUCCUUCUAUCAUCAACUCCAGCAACAGCAGCAGAAACCACAGCCUCAGCAGCAGGCCGCCUUCCCGCAACCGCUUCCGCACCACCAGCCGGCCGCCAUGAUGACUGACUCCUUCCUCCAGGAGGGUUCGCCGUUGAGCAUGUCCUCGUCUUGCGGAAGCGACGACGUUGCCUACUCGUCCGACUACGCGCCGCAACUUCAAUCCAUGGGAACGACGACGCACCAACAAAACGGCUUCGAGCAGCACCCGCCGGCUCAUCUUCAGCGACGAGCCUCGCUGUCCUCGACCCCCGUCUCGGGCGGCGUGGGCGCGAGCCUGGGCAUCUUGGGCGGAUUCGUCGGCGAGGGUCUGCGGGCCGAGUACGCGUCGAGGCGUCCCGGCGGACGAAGGAAGUCUAUCUGCCUCAGCCCUUCCCAGCAACAGGACGAACAGAUGAACGUCGCCGAUCACUACCAAGCCCAACCCUACACAUCCGUGCCCGAUUCCGAAGCUGCCGAAUCGGCGAUGGACACCAUGGCCGCCCUGCGGAGGAACAGCUUGCCCGCUGCCAACGCCAGGCGCAACUCGCUGUCGUGUCCGCUCGUGCACAACUACACCCCGCUCACCGCGGUGCCCACGCUGGGCCGCGCCCUGGCCGAGGGCAACCUGGGCCAACGGAAGAGCAUCCAGUCAUUCCUCUCCAUGCUCGCCCAGAGCUCCAACGACCGCUCCGACAAGCGCCGCAAGAGGAAGUCGUCGCGCAAGGACCGGGGCAAGAGGUACAAGCGCAGCGACUACGACGAGAGCUCGGACGACGAAGACGACGACUCAUCGGAGGAGGGCAACAACAACCACGCCACCGCCGGUAACGGACAGAACCCGUUCGCUUCGCCCGGCGAGCACGAGCCCUCGGGCACGGCGUUCAGCGGGUUCGACUACUCGAGCGGCGCUUUGGCCGCGGAGGGGAGCGUGAGCAGCGACUCGUCGUCCGACACCAUCCCGUCGUCGGCCGGCGACCAGUCGACGCCGAGCCCCUUCGAGCCCAUCACGCCGAUGGGCAGCGCCGAGCUGUUCCCGCCCUACUCUGCGGGCGCCGAUGCGGCCUCGUCGUCGACCCACGGCGGCAUGGGCACCACCAGGCCUCGAUCCCGGUCGUCCCCACCCAGCUACGUCGACUCUGCGCAGGUCCCGCUGACCCACCAACAGCAGCUCCAGCGCCAGUACCACAUCGCCCAGACCAACAAGCGAUUGCAGGAGCUGCGCCAGCAGCACCUCGAGCGGCUGCAGCUACAGAUGGAGAUGGAGCGCCAGCAGGCCCAGCAGCAGAGACACUCCUACGAAUACGCCAGCACGACGCAGCGCUACGCCGCGCAGCCGUUCCAGGCGCAACAGUCAGGCUACCCCCCGCAGGCGCACGUGCUCGGCCUCGAGAUGUCGCACCAGGCCAGGAUGACCGGGCCGCAGCUGGUCCACCACCAGCCCUCCACCUCGGCGAGCCUGCCCUCCGUGCUGCCCUCGCACGACCUGGGACCCUACCACCAAUACGGCCCCGAGAUCAUGCACCACCACCAGCAGCAGCCGGAUCCCCUCGCCCAGGAGCUGAUGGACCCGCAGGCGCGGGCCGACUUCGACUUCUACAACGAGUUCAGCGACUUCAAUAUGUGCGAGCCGGCCAGCAUGGAGUCCCUGUGCCGGACGGUCCCCGAAGACGGCCUGGUGGUGGCCCACCAGGCGCCCGGGACCUCGAUCCCGAUCGGGAGCGAUCAGCUGAGCACGGACGACGGCCCGGUGAGCGAAAUCCUGGUGGACGAGUUCUCCGUCGUCCCGUCGUCGGCCUUCGCCCACGAGUCGUGGCUCGGUGCUGGCGGCGCGUCGGAAGCUGCACCGGACGCUAACUCCUACCCCAGUGGUCUUGCGGAGAGGAAGGAUCAGCAGACCGAUGACUCGUUCAGCGAGUUCUUCAACCUGGAUGACGCCGGCAUGGGCGCUUCCCACUGA